AUGACAACAGGAGAAAAGGAAUUUCAGUGUUUUGGAAGUGACAAUGGCUUUACACUAAAGUCCAAACCACAUAUACAUAAGAGAAGGUUCAAGGGAGAGAAGCCAUAUCAUUGUUCUAAAUGUGACAAAACUUUUACACGCAAGAGAGACCUUAUGGUACACCAAAGAGUUCACACUGGAGAGAAGCCAUAUCAGUGUUCUGAAUGUGAUAAAGCUUUUACAGUGAAGUCACAUCUUAUCACACACCAGAGGAUUCACACUGGAGAGAAGUCAUAUCAGUGUUCUGAAUGUGAUAAAGCUUUUACACAGAAGUCAAAUCUUAUCACACACCGGAGGAUUCACACUGGAGAGAAGUCAUAUCAGUGUUCUGAAUGUGAUAAAGCUUUUACUCAGAAGUCAAGUCUUAUCACACACCAGAGGGUUCACACUGGAGAGAUAUAUCAGUGUUCUGAGUGUGAUAAAGCUUUUACUCAGAAGUCAAGUUUUAUCAGACACCAGAGGAUUCACACUGGAGAGCUAUAUCAGUGUUCUGAAUGUGAUAAAGCUUUUACUCAGAAAUCACAUCUUAUCACACACCAGAGGAUUCACACUGGAGAGAAGCCAUAUCAGUGUUCUAAAUGUGAUAAAGCUUUUACUCAUAAGUCACAUCUUAUCAGACACCAGAGGAUUCACACUGGAGAGAAGUCCUUUUAA